AUCAUAAAACUUGCAAUAAAUAUCAUCAUAGUUCUUUACAAUACAAAUGUUCUAAUCAAUCAAGUAACAAAACUGAACCUUAUAAAACUGAACCCUAUGAAACUGAACCUUUAACAUUAAAAGAAAUGUCAAAACAAUUAUAUGAGAAAAUUUUAACACUAAAUACAAAUGAAUAUUUAGAAAAUGAUUUGUUAGAUAUAGAUUUUAAAUGUGAAAGUGAUAGAUAUUAUUAUAUAUUCAAAAAUUCUUAUAAUUCAAAAAGAACAUCUGAUGUCUCAACCUUCAG